UUCAGUGCAGAGUGUAGGUGUGAGUAGAUGCAAGAUGCAGAGUUUUAAAAUAGUACUGCAAGAGCUUUUUAAAAGAAUUCCUCCAACUGCUAACAUCUACAUCGCCAUGAUUUUUAUUUUUUGCUAUCAUGUUCUUUUAGGGAAGGACUUUGCCUGCAGUUGCCAACCACAACAAACUCAGUGUGAUUUAUACAUGCUUGUGCCACCUCUGGUCUUAACUUUCUUUAUACUCUGGACAGACGAGGCGUUGAAGAGAUACUGGAGAUAUUUUUUGUCAACGUGCAAGACACGUCUUUGUGGUGCUUUAUUGUCUCAGACUUUCCAGGGAUUUUUGGUUGGUCUGCUGUGGAAUGCAUCUGUGCUCAUCGAUGGAGACUGGUGGGUUUGCUGUAAGAAUGAUCAGUCUGAGCAACACCCACAGUUAGCCUGCAAAAAGACAAACAUCACAGCUGAGGAACGAGCAAUCAUCAUUGAACUGAAAAAUCAGUCAUGGAUAUACGGCUUGCUCACAUGCAUUUGUUUAUCACUUUGUGCCUCUUUACCAUCAGUUGUGGCAUCAAUAUGCCCGAAAUACUUAAAAGAAAAGUGGACAUGUUGCAGGAGACAAGAUCGACUUAACGAGGUGAUUCUGGAACAGGAGGAAAAUCUUCUGGAAGAGGCUUUGAAAAAUGCAGUAAAACCGAGGUUGACUAAAGACUUCGAUGGCUGCUUGGAUUCAGGGCGAUGGGAAAAGUGUUUUUAUGUUGCUGACAAUUUAAUGGAUGUACAGACUGGAUCCAAGGACAAGAAUGAAGAAAUUGAGCUGAAGGAUGUACAGGCAGGAACAUCAAGGCAGCAGGAGGAAAGACGUCCACCUCCAUCACCACCAGAGAGGAAGCCCUUUAUGCCGGGUUCAUCAAACAGACAGUGAAAAUUACUUCAUCAAUUUCUGGGAGAACUUUUGUCCAUCUGAGAUUGUUUUUAACUUUCUUUUGCUUGACUCACAAUCUGUUAUUUACUCACAUUUUCUGACUUAGACAGAUUAUCCUUUAUGUUUGAUAAAUGCUGUUUGUUAUUGAUCAAUUUCAUUUACUCAUAUGUCAGAUGUUCUAGUCUUGAUUUAGUUGCUUUAUCAAUAAUUUCUUUCGAAUGAUUUGAUCAGUGAUGUAAUAACUGUACUCGAUAGAUAUAUAUUGAUGAUUGCAUUUUAUUGACUGCUUUACACUUGUUAAAAACAUUCAGAUCAUUUUAAGUUAAACGUAGCUGUUUUGAUUUUCAUUUAAGCAUUACCUUUUGUGACAAAAUGGGUGAGAAUACACCAUUUGUCCCUACUUUCACCAUCAAUGCCACAUAGCUCACAAAUUUAACCACGCAUGUUAAUUGUUUGUUUAGCCAUAUGUUCAUGAUCAAUCUGUGACUUGCAGACACAUACACAUACCGUUUGUGGUUUGCAUUAUGUUUGGUUACAGUUCACAUACCAGAAACAUUUUUAGUUAAAGUAAAACACCGACAAGUAUUGUUAAGUUUAGUGAUUGUUUAUUGGGUUAGUUCAGCAUUUCAUAAUUCAAUCCUAUUCUUUCUGUGCUACUUACCAUACCCACCAUGUGCUCCACAGACAAAAGGAGGAGGCACCCAACAAUGGCCUUUACACUGGGUGACAUCAUUGGUGAUGUCACUGGGUUGGAUAAUGUGAGGGGUGGUAGUAAAUUAUGUUAAGUAAGUUAUUUACUGUGACUGUGAUCUGUUUAUGUAUGGUUGCAAGUUUGUUAUAUGGUAAGCUAUGGAAAAGUGUUUCGCCUUUGGGGUUGGUAAGAUUGAAUAACUUUAUCUCUUACCUGUUUUUAGGAGAGACAUGGGAUGUACCUGCAGCAAUGGUACAGCCCAGAUUGACUCUGAUGGACUGCUGAUGGAAGGGUCUAUUUAAGCAGUUGCUUUUUGGCUGUCGGGGGGUUAGUACAUCAGUGUGUAGCUGUGUGCACAUGAUGAUAGGUUAAUAUAAGUUCAAUUGUUAUGAGUUGAGUUUUGAUCAGUUAGGCCAAGUUAACAAUUUAGUUGUUUUUUUUGUUUUUGUACAUCUUUUUUUUUGUUUUUGUUACAUAUGUAGCAUGGUGCCACUUUUUCUUGUAAAUAAACCACCUUGUGAUA